AUGGCCUCCCUCUCCACCCGGCUCUUACAACGCCCGCCCCAGCUCCUUUCCAGAUCAAUCCACACCUCCCGGGCGCUUUCAGCCCCCAAACCAUCACUCGUCCCUCCCCCCACUGCUCUCAGCGCACUCGCAUCUCGUCUCUCCCUCCAGCCCUCCCCUGCGGUAUCUACAUCACUCAUAACAUGCCUCACCCACCCCUCAUACUUGGCGGAGCAAACUGAGGAUGCGAAUGCCGAGAUCGAUUUCUCUGAAACUUCAGAGUCCAAUGAGCUUUUAGCAACGGUCGGCAAUUCGCUCAUCGGCCUCUUUGCCUCGGAAUACCUCGCUGCCCUCUACCCCUAUCUCCCCACCCAGGCGCUUCAGAGCGCCGUGACAGCCUACGUCGGACCUGCCGCUUGCGUCUCUGUUGGCCGUGAGCUCGGUGUUGCCGUGCAGGGUGGAGGAAACGCUGGUUUGCCCGGUACCGGUAAGGGUGCCAACAGUGCGGGUGUCGUGGUUAGGUGGAGCAGAACGGCUCUGGCAGAGAAGAACUGGAGGGAUAACAAGGGCAAGGCGAUGGAAGGGUUGAAGGUACCCGUGGGAAGGCGGUUCCAGAAGUUCUUGAAGGAGCAAGAACAGGAAGCUGCGGCCGAGGCGCAGGGGGAGGCGAGGGGAAAGAAGCAGCAAAGCCAUGAGGAUGUAAUUGCCAGUGCUGUACGAUCGUUUGUUGGAUUGAUCUACCAAGAAGAGGGUAUCCACACCGCCCGAACCUUUGUCCACGCCCACUUCCUCUCCCGAGCCCUCGAUCUCGCCUCCCUGAUCAAUCUCAACAACCCCCUGCACGUCCUCUCCUCCGUCGUUUCCUCCCACCUCGCCUCUGCUGGCGUCCCUUCAUCAUCUUUCGAAACUGCCAUCCAGCCCCGCCUGCUUGCGUCUACGGGUACAAACUCGCAAGCACCCUUGUUCCUUGUCGGUCUCUUCUUGCCUUCGGGCUUGAAGAUUUCAGAAGGACAUGGGUCGAGUAAGGCGAUGGCAAAGCACAGGGCGGCGGUGAACGGUUUGCAGAGUAUCUGGUUCACAAGAGGUGAUCAGCCUGGUGCCGAGGUGCUCGGUAUCAAGGGUCUUGGGAAGCCUUUCGGGGAGUACGGGGAGGGUCUGCCCUCGUCGGCGCACGAGGACUGGGUGUACGAAGAAGGAAAGGUCAUCAUCGGAGAGGAAGAGUCAGAAUUCGAGUCGAUAGAGUGGGGAGGGAAGGAGGUUCUGCCGGGAAGCAGACGGUAG